AUGGGAAAUGAUUCUAGUGCACAGAAUAACUGGAAAGGAGCAUGGUGGCACAUUAGCUUCAUAGAUAACUCAGGUUUCGUGGAGGAAGACAGUCUUUAUUCAACCGGAGAUCAGACGGGAACUUAUUAUUUCGAAUUCGCUCGGCCUUUGAGAACCAUGGAUCGUUUACAACAGGACAUUCAGUUCACAAUUGAUGAAUCGAGCAAGAUGUCGGUCGCAUUCUGGUAUCCGCUCAACGGGAAUCCGUGGGUUGGAUCUGGACAUUAUACAAUCAACUGUGAUUGGGUGCCAUUGUAUAUUGCUUCAGGUGGUUCUAUGCUAACGGAGUCGGCACCGAGCAGCUCCUUGGACGCGACCAGCGACUUCACCUUUCUGUUCUCAUUAGCAGCUCUCUGUAUAGCCUUAUUUGUUGCAUAUCAGGUUCGUAGGCUCAACAGUGUCUCGUUUACACAGAUAGAAAAUCUUUAG